AUGUCUUUCCCUCAGCUGGGAUAUCAGUACAUCCGACCGAUAUACCCGCCGGAGCGCCAGGGGAUCGCCAGCAAUGCCCGGGCCGGGACCGAGCUCAGUCCGUCCGGCGCGCUCUCCAACGUCCUCUCCUCUAUGUAUGGAUCUCCUUUCGCCGCGGCAGCGCAGGGCUACGGAGCGUUUCUGCCUUACUCCAACGACAUAUCUAUUUUCAAUCAGCUGGGUGCUCAGUAUGAGCUGAAGGACAGUCCCGGGGUCCAGCACCCAGGGUUCGCCCACCAUCACCCUGCGUUCUACCCCUACGGCCAGUACCAGUUCGGUGACCCGUCCAGACCCAAGAACGCCACCAGGGAGAGCACCAGCACCCUGAAGGCCUGGCUCAGCGAGCACCGCAAGAACCCCUACCCCACCAAGGGCGAGAAGAUCAUGCUGGCCAUCAUCACCAAGAUGACCCUCACCCAGGUGUCCACCUGGUUCGCCAACGCCAGGAGGAGGCUAAAGAAGGAGAACAAGAUGACGUGGGCCCCGCGGAACCGCACCGACGAAGAGGGGAAUGUUUACAGCAGCGAUCACGAGGGGGAGGAGGGGGACAAGAGGGAGGACGAGGAGGAGAUCGACCUGGAGAACAUCGACACGGAGAAUAUCGAGAGCAAGGACGACUUGGACGACCAGGACGACCUGCAUUCAGACAUUAAACUCGACGGGAGGAGUGACUCUGAGAUUUCGGACGGCUAUGAGGAUUUACAAGGGCCCGACCCGGGGUUUCUAAAGGCUGUGCAGGGGAAAGAGGGCAAAGACGUGGAGCGAGGUGGGGAGCACUUCCACAGCCACCACCACCACCACCACAGCCACCACUCGCCUCUGGACCUCAAAGCGUCCCAGGCGAACGGGGAGCCUCUCAAACUCAACCCGGUGUCCGCGGGCUCGCCGCCCUCAGAGAACAGUCCUGCUCCGGCCCAGAAGCCAAAGAUCUGGUCCUUGGCAGAAACGGCCACGGCGCCGGACAAUCCGCGCAAAUCGCCGCAAAUGAACGGCGGCCACUCCGCGGGCCCCCCUGCCCAGACCAUCAUCGCCCCCCACAGACUCAUCUCCUCUUGUCCCGUUGGGAAAAUGCACAACUGGACGAACCGGGCCUUCUCGGCGCACCAGCUGGCUUUACUGAACUCGAACCACUACCUGGGCCUGGCGAACCAGGCCAACGCCACGGGCCUGGCCCUCUACAGCAGCAGGCACACGGAGGACAAGAGUCAUAGUUCAGAGACUCCAGUCACAGAUCUUAGUGCCUUGGAUGCAGAAUAA